AAAAUUAUUAUUUAAAAAGUUAUAUAUUUACUAAUUUUUCAUUAAUAAAAUAAUGUCACAAAACAAACUAACGGUACUAUUCAUAACAUGGACUGACAUCGAGAGAGUUGAGUCGGCCAUAGCUAUGGGUGAGACUCUGGUGGGCGCCGACGGUGGGCAUCGGGCGGUCAUUUUUACGGACUAUAAAUUGCGGGACAAACUGUACGCAAAGCACCCGACAAUCAAUUGGAUCGUUACCGACAUCAGCGACGACGAGAGUGAAGAGCCGGACACUGAAACAAACAGUUAUUACGGGGCGGGACUGUCAACGGGUGUACAACAAGUGUUGACUCAAAGGGACAACAAUAUGGACCCAAUUGUAGAGCGAGCUCUCGUAGACAUCCGUCCAGACGUUAUAGUCGUCGACUCGCGGCUAGACUUGCCAUCAGUCGCGCGGUCAGGCGUGCCCUGGAUUGUGGUCAACACAUCUCAGCCUUUAUCGCCCACCAGGUUGAGGUACGGGAAGGCCUACGCCUUGGGAUCACUAUUCCUGGCUGUGUUGUUGGCAAACAAAACCACCAUGGUUAGUAAUGAGCAACAUAACCGUCGAUAUCGAUACGUGUCGGCCAUCACUGAUCGCACACUAAUCUAUGCGAGAGACCUGUUUUAUAGGGACCCUGGAAUGAUUUUUAGUCUUCUCCGUAAUCUACGGCACCUGACUAUCCGUCCGGCAGACGUAUGGCUGUGCGGGUAUCCCAAGUCGGGCAACACGUGGUUGUCUGAGAUCGUGUCCCUCAUUAUGGCCGACGGUGUGGUCGACAGAGUGAGUGGUGAGGACUUGGAGGACCGGGUGUUUCACUUUUGCAAACCACGUGACGAUUAUAUGGGUUGGCUUGAGAGUAGACCUGAGCCCAGGAUGAAAAUGCUAUCAUCAAAUAAAUCAUACACAUGA